CUGGAGGGAAUCAGUUCUCCCUGUUUUCCACCGAAGACGUGAUCUCCAGUGAAAAACCUGCUGCUUAAAAAUGGAUUCCAAAAUAUUCAUAUUUCUCUAUCUAUUGGUUAUUGUGGGGCAGCUUUCAUGUGCUCCUUUUCCUACCGGCGAGGACGAAGACGAUAGCGGAGAAGAGGAGGGCGGGGAAGAAGGCGAAGAAGAGGAAGAAGGGGGAGACGACGACGAUGAUGACGACGACGACGACGAUGAUGACGAUGACGAUGAUGAUGAAGAAGAAGACGACGACGAUGAUGACGAAGAAGAAGGCGAUGACUAAAAUAAAGAUUACGGAGACUAUGAGACGCUAAAAGACUAAAUCAGUUUAUGAUAGAAUACAAAAUUUGCCACUACAACACAAAACAAACUAAUGGCUUAAAGUCGAUUACAAGGUUUUGUCGAAUAUUCGUAAGCCUAGUUCAAGCAAUUGCCAAUAAAAUCAUAAUUUUCUGUAAACAA